ACGCUGGCUGAUUUAAACCUUUCCCGCAGGUAUCAAACGCACACAGACGAGCAGUAACAGCUGAACAAAGAACAUUCCUGCAACUCAGCAUCUCACUCUCACAGCUCAGGGAUGGAACGAGGAUUGAUCCUGUUGGUCGCUGCGGCACUGAUGGCUUAUGUGGCACCUGGUGUCCAAGGAACAUCCCAUUUGUCAUUCUCCAAUAACACAGAGGUGAACAUCACUCGGGAUGGUUGUGGAGUCACAAAACUGUGUGUGGAGACUCCAAAUGACUGUGAUCCGUCUGCUACCAACGGCACCUGCCUGUUUGGAUCCGCAACGGCCAGUACUCCGAUGCCUCCUGCUGGCACUAACCUGAUCAUGGAGCUCAGAGGAUUCUCCGAAGGAUACGUCGCACUUGGACUCACCACAGAUCAAUCGCAGGGCUCCACCAUGCUUUUUGUCUGCGCUCAAAACAGCUCGAACAAUGGGUCGUUCUUCUUCAGGACAAUGCAGAGAAACAACACUAACGGUGCGCUCACUCCAUUAGAGAGGACUGUGAGAGAAAUUCGAGGCAUGGUGAAUGUCAUGGUGAAUGGCAGCGUAAUCAAGUGUGAGUUCGAAAUCCCAAAUGCAAACGCCAGCAGGGCUGUUAAAGAUGCGUCCACCAACUUCCAAGUCCUCCUUGGGACUGGACCUGUUGUUGGAGGUAUGAUCGGGGACUUCAGAAUUGCCCUGAACACUACUUUGCUGACCCUCACAAACCCGGCCAGCACCAACGUCGCCACAACAGCCACCCCGGUCGCCAUGACAACGAAUUCAGCAUCCAAUGGUGCACACCCUCAUGCAGUGCUGUUCCUCCUGAGCGUCCUCUCACUGGCCGUCAUGCUCAGAACCUAAAGGUGUCCUGCAGGAGGAAGUCCAUACCAGCCGGACACGAUGAAGACGCUGAUGCGCUGGAUUACCGCACAGAGAAAAACUGAGUGUCAACCUGAUGUAUAAAAUAUUUUUACUUAAAUAACUUUGACAUGUUGAAACUAUUUUUUUUUUUGCACUAUGUUUGUACUUUAUAUAUACAUAAUAAUCCAAUGGCAUUUUGAAAGCACAUCUUGAGGUUUCACCACCCAAUCAUUCUCCGCAUAGCACUACAGAAUCAGAUAAGCGCCUCCAGGUUUAAAAUGGUGCAAACAACCAAAACACCGUCGACCUGGCAGCACAAGCCUGUUUCGCUCCAACGAGUUUGAGCUGUUUAGCAGAAAACAGCCAUCAGAAAACCCAACCCAACUCAGGAUCGUUUGUUUUCAUAGUUAUAUGUGAAUGUAACGCUUGUUAAACAAUAAAGUUCAACGGACUCUGAAG